AUGUCUCCAUCCGUACGCACACAACUUCUCUUCCUCCUCCUUUCUCUGUCAGCCUGCACGACGCUCAGCCGCUACAUCGAGGAGGAUGCCUCUUCAGAUGGAUUAUAUUCUCUCCUCAGUUUGGAGCAGAAGAGAGAAUCCGAAGACUUCCUUUUCAGACGAGAUCUCAGAUGUCUGGACAUGUUGGCCACCGAGGGCCAAUUCACUUUUGUGGCGUCGUCGCCGCCGCAGCAGCCGGCCUGCGCCGCCUUCAUCAUCGGCGACCCUAGCGAGGUCAUCAGCCUGGAGGUGUCUGACAUCAACAUCGACUGCGACGCCGGCGACUUCAUCAAGAUAUUUGAUGGCUGGGUCCUGAAGGGGGAGAAGUUCCCCAGCAACCAGGACCACCCGCUGCCUCUUCACCAGCGCUACACAGACAUCUGCUCCUCCACGGCGCCGGGCCACGCCACUCGCUCGUCUCAGAACGUAGCCAUGGUCUUCUUCCGCAUCCGCAACCCCGACAGCGGCUUCUCUCUCAACGUGAAGAAGCUGCGUAACCCUUUCCCAUGUAACAUUAUGUCUCAGAGCCCAGAGGGCAGCUUCACUAUGGUGAUGCCACAUCAGCACAGCAAUUGCAGCUUCUCCAUCAUCUACCCGGUGGAGAUCCAACUGACACAGCUCAGCCUGGAGCAGGACAAAAGCAACCAGCUCAGAUCCAAGGCGAGGCUGUCGUCUGGAUGUUCGGGUUCCGGUGACUACGUGGAGCUGCUGGGUGGAAACGGGGUGGACACGUCACGCAUGUUCCCCGUUGCUGAUCUGUGUUUUCCUCUCAGUGGACUUGCCCAGAUGAAAAUCGGUUGCGAUAACUCGGUGGUGAGGCUGGUGUCCAGUGGGAACUACGUCAACCAGGUGUCGUUCCGUUACCGGCUACUCGAACGUAACGAGCUGCCAGAGGUCCACGAGAACAGCCUGGACAACAUGUGCAAUGUGGAGUGAAACACACACAAUUUGUAAAUACUUUUGUGUACAAAAAAUGAUGUUGUGUGUUCCUUACGUGUCCCGCUUUGUAUUGACUAGAGCAUUUUGAAACGAAAUAAAAACAACGCAUGACA